GAGGGCGACAACGGGCGUCAGCUCAGACAUUAGAUGCGAGUGAGAGUUCAGCGGAAGACGUUGUGUUUACUAAAGUAAGCAGAGGAUAAUGGACCAUCCUGAUGAUGACGAUCAUGCUGGGAAAAACGAAAUUAAAACGCUUUUAGUGCGGCAUUUACCUGCUGAGCUUUCUCCUGCCGAUAAAGAGGAUUUGCUAAAAUAUUUCGGAGCGGAAUCUGUGAAGGUCCUCUCCAAUCAUGGCCCGCUUAAACAUACAGCUUUUGCAACAUUUAGAAGCAACAACGCUGCAACAAAGGCACUUGGUAGGCUCCAUCAGCUGAAGAUCCUUGACCAUACACUGGUUGUGACAUUUGCCAAAAAAGAAGAUAAUUUUACUAUAUUAAAGGACCCCCCUUUAUCAGACAAACUGAAACCUAUCAAAAAAGAACAGAAGAAACAUGCAAUGCAGAAACCAAAAGUUCCAGUGCUUGACAAUGGUAUUGCACCUGCCCUUGGUUUAAAUUAUCAACCAAAUCCAACUUUGAAGUAUUUAUACCCGCCACUCUCACCUGCCAUUCUGACCAAUAUCUCUCACGUUCUUAUGACUGUGCCAAAGUUUUAUGUUCAAGUUCUUCAUCUCAUGAACAAGAUGAACUUGCCUUGUCCGUUUGGGCAGGUCACCCCGAGGCCUCCCCUGUUUGAGUGCCUGCCUCAUGCACCACCCAUGCCAGCUCCUCCCCCGUUCCCUCCUGACUAUCCACCGUUACCCGAGCGUGACGUCGAUCCAGCCAGUGAGGAGGAAUCAGAAUAUGAGAGUGAAGAUGAUGAAGAUAAGGAAAGGAUCGCUCGUCUGAUGGGCCUGGUCAACCAAGCGUGCAAGAGACCCUUGAGACUAAAAACAUCUUCGAAAAGAAAGAAGCCUAAGAUCAAGGAUCUCCUGUAUGCACCCAAACUUGACUCUCAGAGCGCUCCGGCGAUGCAGCCGUCGGAUGUGUUCGAGCAGCCCAACGCGGCAGCACCGAAGAAAAUUGAGUUCCACAUCGGAGUUCAAGAGGUGGCAGCUAUAGUGGAAGGAAGUGAGCCGGGUCAAGUGUCGCAGCAUCAUGAGAGCUCAGUGGAGCAGGAGAUGGAUGAUGACAGCUGUAAGGAAGCACCAGACGGUUUUGGGAAGCUCUAUCCCAGCACGAAGGCGUCAGGACUCCAGGAAGAAGGCAGCGACGAAGAGGCCGACCUUCCCUCGGACGUCAUCUCCAGAAAGGAGCUGGAGAAAGGACGGCUGUCGAAAGAUGAAAUGAAAAGAAUGUCUGUGUAUAAAAACUACGAAGCUGGUGAACCAACGUGUCGGCUUUACGUGAAGAACAUCGCAAAGCAAGUGGAGGAGAAGGACUUGAAGUACAUCUACGGCAGAUACAUUGAUCUUUCAUCCGAGGCUGAGAGGAACAUGUUUGACAUUGUGUUAAUGAAGGAGGGUCGCAUGAAAGGCCAGGCCUUCGUCGGGCUGCCCAGCGAGCGCAGCGCCGAGAAGGCUCUGCGGGACACCAACGGCUUUGUUCUCUACGACCGACCCCUCGUGGUCCAAUUUGCCAGGUCAGCCCGACCCAAGCCAGACAGCGCCGAUGCCAAGAAAGGGCCGAAAAAGAAAUGCCAAGGUUUGAUAUUGUGGCCCUGCUGAGACCAUUUGUAUCCUUAAGUUGGGAAUAUCCUUUGGAGCUUAAUAUGACGUUAAAUGGUUUUACCUCAGAGCAGAACAGAGGCUUUUAUUUCAGCUACAAUAUUUCUCGACAUGAUUGGAAUGGUUUCUUGCAGGUGACCUCCAUCCAAUGACCGUCCUCAUCUUUUAUUUCCAAAUAAAGGCGUUUUGAUAAAAACAAAAAAAAACCC